UAAAUCUCCCCCCCCACACCCCCCCCCAGCAUACACGCACAUCCUCAAAGACUCCUCCCACAUAUCCCUCGAACCCCCUAUCCAUCCAGGUCGACAGCAGGACCGUGCAGCGACUCGCAUCGCUGAAACCGGAGCUUCACCCUGACACGGACACACAGGCGAUUUUGUUUUUUCUCUGCUUUCUUGUGCUUGUGGGAUUAUAAUGCUGAUGAUCUUUUUUACGGGAAACAGCUGAAAUCAUCGAGGUUGAGAAGAUUGGUCCAGGAGACGGAACGCAUCGGUGUUUGCCUGUGCGUGCGUGUGCCGGUUGUUUGUUCGGAGCGCUGGACUGACGCACGGAUACUGCAGCAGAACUGCAGGGGCCUGCACGCUAACCUGGAGGACAUGAGGACCCAGCGGAACCCCCGCCCCUGAGCUCCAGACCCCACUGCUGCUGCACAUUCUGCUGAGAUAGUGACUGUGUGUGUCAGUGUCGUUGCUGUCUGCUCAUUGCUUUGUGCAUGUGUGUGUGCGGUGUAGCUGAGCAGAGCUCUCAGAGGCCAAUAGGAUGCUGACAGCUCGCGAUGGAGCUCGAGAUGAAGCUCAGAAGCUGCACAGGAAAUGGAUGAAGCACCAGGCCUUCAUGGCCGAACUCGCCCGCAACAAAGAAUGGCUCGCCAAGAUCGAACAGGAGGGCGAGGAGCUGAUUCAGGAACAGCCCGAGUUACGAUCAGUUGUGGAGAUAAAGUUAAAGGAAAUCAGAGAGUGCUGGUCCCACCUGGAGACCACCACUAAAGUCAAGGCCCGGCAGCUCUUUGAAACCCAAAAUCACCGUACUGGCGACCUGCCCACCAACAGCCUCAGUGACCUGGACCAGCAACUCACCAUCAUACAGGAACAGCCACCCACUCUAAGCUCCGCCCACACCACUCAACCCACCCUCCUACAGCCCCGCCCAACAUUCAGCCAGCAACUGCAGAGGAUUCAAUCGAUGGAAGCCCAGAUGCAACUUUAUCAUGGUGUGGGUGAAGUUAGGGGCGGAGCUGAUCUGCAAAGACCGGAGGAGGACAUGCCAGGAGGUGUAGCGGAGACACGAAUUGUGCGUCUCAUUGAGCCUUUGAAGGAAAGAAGGCGGAUCCUUCUUGCUUCAAAAGAAAUGCACCAAGUCACCCAGGACCUGGAAGAUGAGAUUAUAUGGAUUCAGGAGCGGUUGCAUUUGGCCUCAUCUACAGAAUAUGGCCUCAAUCUGCAGAGCGUUCAACAGUUAAUAAAAAGCCAUGAGGCUGUGCAGAUGGAAAUUCAGGCACGGAGAGGAAGGAUUAUAGAAGUGCUGGAUAGGGCGGAGGCUGUCGCUGCUCUGCGAACGCCAGAGGUGGAACUUGUGCGGGAUGGGGCAAUGCAUAUGAGGCAGCUGUGGGAGGUGCUUCAGGUAGAGAUGGAACGUCGCACGGUGAUGCUGGAUGCCGUAAGCCACGCCCAACGGUAUUAUACGCAGGCAGCAAAGGCGGAGUCUUGGCUCAGUGGGCAGAAACUUCAGGUCCUCAAUGAGGAAAAUGGAAAUGAUGAGGCGAGUACUCUCCGACUACUGAAGGAGCAGUUGGCUUUAGAGCAGACAGUGGAGAAUUAUGCCGACACCGUGGGCUCACUGUCCCAGCAGUGCCGCCGUAUGCUUGAGUUGGGACAUCCCGACAGUGAGCAGAUCACCAAACAGCAGGCUCAUAUAGACCGGCUCUACGUGUCUCUAAAAGAACUGGUUGAACAGAGGAAGACAAAGCUGGAGCAGCAGUAUUGGCUGUAUCAGCUGAAGCGAGAGGUGGAGGCGCUGGAGAAGUGGAUCACUGAGAGAGAGGCUGUAGCAAGCUCUACUGAGCUUGGAGAGAACCUCGAGCAUGUUACGGCUCUACAGGGGAGUUUUACUCGGUUCGCUUCUGAUACACGUUCAGUGGGCCAGAAACAGAUGGAUUCGGUCAACAAGAUGGUGAAUGAGAUGAUUGACUGCAGUCAUUCUGACGCUGCCACCAUCGCUGAGUGGAAGGAUGGACUGAACGAGUCCUGGGCGGAUCUUCUUGAGCUCAUGGAGACCAGAGCACAGAUGCUAGCUGCUUCCUACCAGCUGCAUAAGUUUUUCACUGACUGUCAGGAGGUUUUGGUCCAAAUAGAGGGUAAGAUGAGACAGCUGCCAGAGGUGAGGUCCUGUCAAGUGAGCUCAGCCAACCCUGGCACACUACAGAGAUUCCUGCACUCCUUUGAGCACUCCCUGCAGCUCCUGGUGUCCCAGGUGCGGCAGCUGCAAGAAAAUGCAGCUCAGCUGCGAGCUAUUUACGCCGGGGAGAAAGCAGAUGCCAUUCUGAGCCGUGAACAGGAAGUGAUGCUGGCCUGGAAAGAGCUCCUCGUCGCUUGCGAGGGCAAUCGUGUGCAGGUUACCACGGUUACCGAUAAGAUCCAGUUUUUCGCCGUGGUGCGGGAGCUGAGCAUGUGGAUGGAUGGAAUCAUGGGACAGAUCGGAUCGUCUGACAGUGCAAGGGACAUCUCUGUGCUGGAGGGGAUGAUGGCGCAGCAUCAGAGUCUGAAAACCAAGAUGGAUAACAAGAGCAAGAACUUUGUGCAUUGCGUGGAGAUGGGAAAGAUGCUGCUCGCGGCUCGCAACCCUGCAGCUGAAGAGGUAAAGGAGAAGUUGGAGUAUGUGAUGGCAAAGCAGAAAGAGCUGAAUGAGCGAUGGGAACAGCACUGGGAGAAGCUUCAGCAGGCCCAGCAGAGGCUGCAGUCUACACAAAUGGGAUUUGUGGAGCAGUCCUGGCUCACACUUAAGGAGCCAAUCACUCCAGUAAGUCGAGAGGCAGGGGGCGGGACUGACGAGGUAGAGGAGCUGAUUCGCAGGCAUGAAGCCUUCCGCAAGGCGGCAGCAACAUGGAAGGACCAUUUUAGCUCAUUGCGACAGGCAGAGAAGUUAAAGGAGGAACAGAACAAGCCUGCCACCUCUUCUCUCCUCAGCAGACAGAUGUUUCCUCUCUCCUGUCUUGUGCCCAGCUCCUCUUCCUCUUCUUCCUCCUCCUCUCUCUUCCGUAACCCCCUUCAGGAAUCGUAUCUGGAGUCCAAGCUUGGGCAGGACCUCACACACUCCGCAGAACACACAAUGGCACACGCACUCACCCAACGGCUCGGAUCCACCUCGAACCCCUACUCACCCGUCAUGAAUGGCUCCUCCUAUCACGGGCUAAACCAACCGCCAGGGGUCGUAGGGGAGGGUCUUUCUUACCUUGGGCUUAAACAACAGGGUGUUUCAGGGUUGGAUAAUUCCGGUUAUCCAGGAUUAAACCAGCAAGUUGGUGUCUUGGGGGUGAACAGCUCAAGCUACACUGGAUUAAACCAACAGGGUGCUUUAGGAGAGGACAGCUCCGGCUACCACAGCCUGAACCAUUUAGGUGCUGUGGGGUCAAUGGAACAUAAAAUGGGAUACGCUUGGCAGCACCUGAAAGCUGACUGCCUUCAGCCCAAAAUCAACCACAUUCACAAAGCCGUUCCACCUUUACUGGAGGUGCACAGAGCUCAGCUUGCCUCUGGGAACGCAAACGUGCCAGCUCCCCCUAUGGGCCUGGACCCAUCCCUGGAGAUGAUCCACAGCCGUUUACAGAGGGACCCUCGUGGCAGUCGGUCCGACCCACAGAUGGAUCACCUGAGGCGGGAGAGAGAGUACCGUCUUGGCCGUCAGACCUCCAGUGAGCAGGAGAUUCAAGCGAGACUCAACGAACUCCCGCUCAUCGUUAGACAGGAGCGAUACCGGAGGAGAAUGGAGAGACAGUCGUCCAGCGAGCAGGAGGGAAGCGGAAAACAGAGAGUGCAGAAACAUGACUCCAGCGAUGCAGAAUCUGGGAAAGAGCCAUCUGACAAGAGACUAUCCGCGGAGAAGCGUUCCACUAUGGCUGAGAUUGUUGAACAAGCUCAGGAGAGAGAAGCUUGCAAUGCAAGGGGAGAACCAUACCGGCCCCCCAGCAGCCUUUCUGCACCGGUGAGCCGCUUCGAUCGACCCCGGGCACGUGAUCGCCCCAAACCACGGCGGAGACCUCGCCCAAAAGAGCCCGAGGAGCCACGGAGGUCGCGUUCUGCUCCUGCCCAGAGUGUCCCAACCACACCCCAACCUCCUACACAUACCAUCGAACAUGAAGGUUUCCUUUACAGGAAACACGAAGAGGAGGGAAAAGAGAGGAGCCCUAACAGCAAGUCGUGGGUCAACCUGUUUUGCGUGCUCAAACAAGGAGAGAUCGGUUUCUACAAGGACGCAAGACACAAGACCACACCCUACAAUGACGAGCCACUUCUCAACCUGGCCAUCUGCACCUUUGACACUACCAACGGAUACAAAAAGAAGAAGAAUGUCUUCAUUCUCAGGACCACUGCUGAUGAAUACAUCUUCCUGGCCAAGGAUGAGGAGGAUCUGAAGGGUUGGGUCAACAGUAUCAAUGCUAGCCUAAAAGAGAUUGAAGAAAUUGCCAAGUGGGAAAAAGCCACAAACUCCUCCACUGACCCCGACAAAUCAGAGCGUAAGGAGCGAUCUGAAGGGGCGGAGCCAUCGGAGGGGGCGGAGAAAUCUGAACGAUCAGACCGAUCAGAUAAAAUAGAGGGAUCGGACAAAAGCUCAGAAAAGAGGGACGCAUCCGAGAAAGAAAGCGGAGAGCGAGGAGGGAGAAGAGAACGAGGGGAGAGAGCGGAAAGGGGCGAACGGGGCUCCAGGGGUUCCAGCACUUCUGGGAAAAGCAAAUGACUCAUCUCUCCACACGUUUAUUUAUUCAUCCAUCCUUCCAUCUUUUCAGAGAGAAGACAGGACCCGUGUCGCUCUGUCUCCGUGUCUCUGUUUGUCCUGACAGUCCGAUUUCAGGACGGACGCCAUUGAUCGUGUCCCCUGAAAUGUCUGUUCCGAUGCGUGUCUGUGUGCGUGCCAAUAAGUUAAAGAGAAAGUAUAUGAAAAACAGUAUCCCAGCAAUCAGACGGGCCCGUUCAGCCGCCCUGCUCGACUCUCACAGAAAAGGCACUUUAGAUUAUUGAGGAAGACUAUAGCCCUUGAUAUUUUAGAAGCGUUUUCUUGAAGCAAUAUACUGUAUGUAGUAACUGAUACCGCUUGUUUUAGCUGCUCUGCUCUUCCGAGCUUGUGCAAGAUAGAGAAAGUACUCGAGGGAAAUCUGUGGUAGAUGUGAUUCUCCUGUUUGACACCCUUUCGCGCCCCCACACAGACAUACACACUCACUCAGUGCAUUAUGGGUAGGUGUUCGGUAUGGAACGCCAUUUUCUCUCUCACCUGAGGCUGUACACGUCUUCCACCCGCUUCCUGUAAUAAAGGUUUAAAUCAUGCGAGACACUUUGCAUUGCGUGAUUCGGUAAAGGGGAGGAAUUGCAAUUCGUGAAUUUAAUGUGUAAUGAUUGUCUGGCUAUGUGUGUGUGUGUGUGUGCGUGUGAAUGUGCAUACAGCUCAGUCCAAAAGGAGCUCAGAUGUAUUACGUAUAAUCUCAUGGAUCGUAUUUAUUAGGUUAUUGCUAUACAAAUUUAAAGUGCAAGGUUCUCUCUAUUCUUUCCUGAACUAAGAGGAGCUAAGAACGAUCAGCCACCCUCCGUAUGUGUACAAUAAUGCUGCUUUUUAUCAUCUUUGCCCCUCACAUCAUCCUUUGAUUGUAAAAUGUUUAGUACACAUAAAAAUAGGGUGUCUGUGACUUUGUCAUGCUAUAACGAAAAGAUUGUAUAUAAAUAUAUAAAUAUAUAUAAAUAUAUAUUUGUAUAUAUACACACACACACUAGUAAACGAGUUUUACUUCUAUGAGCUGCAACAACUAAUUACAGUAAAAAUAUCAUUUUUAUCAACAUACGAAAAUGUAACAUAUAAAGAAAAACAAUUAGUUGUUUAAAUUGCUCCUGGCUCCUGAAUUUAGCCAGUAAACAUGCGUCGUGUAAGUCGCCUGUUUUGUAGUCUCUCGUAUAGAGAAACGCAGAGACUCUUGCCACUACGGUUUGUGAAUGGCCAGGGCAAAAGACCAGGAUCCUUGUAAAAAGAAAUUCCCAUUCAAAUGCUCAGAGACUGUGAUUGGGUUUAAUUUAUAUAUAAAGACCGUCUCUUGACUGCUGUUGAAUUGACUAAAACAAGGACGAUGAUUUUCCCCUAAACCGAAUAAACGGGAACCGUUAAAAAUCUAAUUUGUCAGUUUUUAAAAUGUUUUUUUCUUCACUAGAUUGUACCGACGGUUCAGUGGCUCAAGUUUUAAAUUAUGAAUCACCUUGCUGAGGUCAAGCUUUUUUCUCUUUGGCUAUUUUCACCAUACAAAGUUCCUCUAAUUUUUCAGUCACUACCACUAAGAAGUUCAGACUCUUCACUGGCCUCAUCGUCUAUGCAACAUCAAAUGUCUGCAUCAUUCUCUAGGGCAGUGUUUCCCAAUCCUGGUCCUCGCAAACCCUCUCCCAGAAUGUUUUAGGCCCUGUCCCAAAUGGUGCACUUUAUAUGGACUUUUGAGCUUGUUGCCUUAAAUUGCGCGUGUUCGCUUAGUCUAUGAGUCCGUAGGGUGUGCCAUUUGUCAUUUUUACGCUCCAAAGUGUGCUCAUCAGCGCUCCCUUUGCACCCUUAAAGGUAUUCUAAGCGAAUUUACGCGUUUUAGACCAUAAAACAUUUUUUGUUACAUACAGCAAACAUCUCCUCACUAUCUGCUUGCUGCCUGUCCGCUGAUCAAACUGUAAAAAAGCGAUCUCUGUAGACAACCCAGGCUCUACAAACUGCAAUAAAAACACAGUGGCCAAACCUACCACCAGAAACAUAACAAAGUGUUCCAGCCAAUAAACAACAAGAAGGAUUUGGGGGUGGGGGAAACAGUUCAAACAUCAACAAAAAGUGAUGUCUGACAGAUUCACUUAGAACGCCUUUAAUGAGGUCUUCAGCGAAGCCCGCACUGCUGCAGGCUUUAUGCACUUUACCAACCCAGAAGUCCUUGCGAAAGCGCAAUCAGACAAAUCAGACGACGGAUGGGAGGAGUUCACACUGACAGGGGCAACUUCUCUUCCUAUUUCCAGCGUGACCCUCGAGUCUGUCACAAAAUACGACUCCAGGGUGUCCUCGUCAAAGGUCCCUAAGGUCUGCACUACAUGAUGUCAUCAAAGUGUGGACUCUAAGAAAGCCCACAAGUCCAGAGUGUGACAUUUGGGACAGGGCCUCAGAUGUUGUCUCAUUUAAAACACCUGAUUCAACUCAUCAGCUCAUUACUGUGGGUUCACACCAGCCGCAUUUGAGGCGUCAAAUUUCGAGUUUACUCGCUUAAUUCGCGCGUUAAAGCCAAGAGUGAAAUUCUAGUCAUCGAGACAUUCAUGCGGAAAUUCGCAUCAUGGGAGGGGCUUCUGCAACUCCGCUCGCUUCCUGUAAUCACGUCACUACUAGAGCAAGCUCCUGAUUGGUUAACGCGAUGUGUUUUUCCCCCGAAGUUCACAUUUUUCAACUUGCGUGUUUCCCGCCGCAACACUCAAUUCGCGCCAUUCUAGACGCACAAAUGAGGUGGAAUCGCGUCUACCGUGCUAAACGCCUCAUUCCUGCCGCGAGACCUCCAGACGCGCGUCAAUGCGUCUUCACAUUGACUUAACAUUGAAAUCACUUGCGGUUGACGCCUCUUCCGCGGCUGGUGUGAACGCAUCAUUAGAGACACACUUUAAGCUGAGGUCACACGAGAGUGUUUGUCGAACAUUACUGUGGGGAGUGGCCGAUGAGCAGCUCAUCAAUAUGAUCUUUGGCUUCUGCUUUUCAGUAGAGAAAAGGGUCAUGCAGUAAAAUGCCGUUUUUUUACUGGUCACAAUGCUCCACGUGAUACGAAUGUGCAGGUCAAAGUUCAUCAGAUGUGUACUUUGCUACGCAAUGACAUAAGAAAUAUCGUCGCACGAGCUUGCAUUUCCAGUCUGACGCAUUCACUUGCGUAUGAAUGGAAGUCUGUAGGAAGGAAAGUCUAGUGUGAUUGUGGCUUUAACCAUUCUGGAAGGAGUCUGAUGAGAUAAAUCAGGUAUUUUAAAUAAGGUAACAUCUAAAACUUUCUGGGAGGGGUUAAGCGAGGACCAGAAUUGGGAAGCACUGCUCUACGGUGUUAAAUCAUGUAGAAUGUGGAAAAGGAUAUUUCAUCCAGAAAUGUUGUUUCAUCCUCAUGUUGUUCUAAACCUGUUUAAGUUUCUUUAUUCUGUUGAACACAAAAAAGGACAUUUUGACAAAACUGUGGUCCACGUUGACUUUGGGUAUACUGUGGCAGUCAUUGGGUUCCAUCAACUGUGUGGUUAAAAAAAUCUUAAAGGCGGGGUGCAUGAUUUUUGAAAAACACUUUGGAAAAGGUAGUCUGGCAGACUACUAAAACACACUUGUAGCCAAUCAGCAGUAAGAGGCGUGUCUACUAACCAACAUCGUUGCCUGGGCUGCGUAUGUGUGAGGGGGGGUCUAUCAAAAGAAGGUUCCGUUUCUAUUGGGGUAGGGGCGUGAUUGUUUAGAUGAUUUUAAAUGUCAUCAUUGGCUUUUAGAGAUCAUGCACCCCACCUUUAACAGAAGAAAGAAACGCAUACAGGACAACAUGAGUGUGGGUAAAUGAUGACAAAAACUAUCCCUUUAAGUACAAUUAUAAGUAAUCACACUUACAAUGCCACCUGUGGCAAAUUUUUUCUAACAAAUUCUCAAGGUUUCCCCACUGUGAGAUGACCUAAUGAACUAAAGACUAUCCUUUCCCUUUACAGACUGAUUGAAUGUCCAAAAAUUUGUAAUUCCCUAAUGACUACAUAGAGAUGGAGAUACAUAAUGGGAAAUCCCAGUCAGACAGACUCAGUAUGAAAGUAGGCUGCUAUGCAGUUAAAACACACCUGCUGGUUAAGCACUUGUGAAAGUAUUUCAUACAGACGCACCUGACCUCUGAUCAGCUUAAAUAAAACAUGAAGUACUUUGACCUGCAUGUAAAGAUAAGCUGAUGUCUGUUUUCCAACAUCUAAAAUGUUCAGUGAUAGUGCAGAGCUACACCCAACAAUGAGCAUGCUGAAGUUAAAGAGGUCACAUGAUACAAAAUACAUCAUCACUUAGAGUACCAGUUAGGCCCAGUCUAACUACCAGCGUUGCUUAAACCCGGUGUAAUAGAGUCAAAUCUUCCCAGGACUGAAAGAUGUACAUUAUACGCUGCAUAGUAAAUGAAGACAUUUAUUGAGAGCGAUUUAAAUUUGUACUGUAUAUCUGCCUCUGAUAAAUGUGAUUAAGUGAUGUUUGUUAUUGAAAUGUUGUUGUGUUUGUCUCUGUUUCAUCUUCGCUGAAGUAACCGGCAAGCCAACUACCCCCUCCCACCAUCAAAUAUAUCCAAAAAAAUACUUGGACCAUUUUGCUUUUGGACGCUUCUGUUUAUCCAUCAUUUCUUUCAGAGUGACCUCAUCUGGGGUCUGUCUGCAAAAAGCACAAUUUCACCUAAACCAAUCUGGAGUAUCGGAAUAAACACUGGAUGCUUUUUCCUACGUCAUGCAUUUCUUAAAGCCGCCACAUGAGUUCAGUGUUGCACAGCAAGUUUAUCAGCAGCUGCAAGCACCAUCUCAAGAUAACUUUUUUUGAACUUCACUUGAACUUCUUUUUAUCUGCAACGUUUGACCGAUAUUGUCAAUAUACGAUCCGAACUCUAUAUUUGUCUGUGAUGCAAUUUACUUUUGCUAGCUUUGCUUAAUUUCUUUAGUUCAUCAUCUGCCCGCUUGACCUCACCAGCAAGUCUUUUGUUUUUAUAAUUUUGGAAAGAAUGAAAAAAAACAAGCCCUAAAAUAAAGGAGGGGCGUGUGGGUUUCCCUCCUUUAUCCAAAGUCAGUCGUUUUACACAUGAAACUAAAGAAAAAUACUUAUCAAGUUGCAUGAAAGAGAAUAUAGAGGUGAUUUCUAUGCAACAGUUGUGCAUGUUUAUCAAAAGGGUUUCAAUCUUCAGCAAAGCACUGGGUUUGAUUGAUGAUGAUGAUGAUGAUGAAGAAAUGAGUGGAAUGAGCAGAUGACUUGUAUAGAAAUGAGACAUUAAAUCAUUUAUGAACUGAUAUCUGCACUAAUUCAUAAAUACAGGUUGUAUAUAUCA